AUUUUGUCUUUAUUCCUGGCAUCAAUCAAAACAUUCCUUUAUUGGAUUGGCAUCGAUAAACAUAUAUCGAGUUCACUUUCCCUUUUUCUUUGCCUCUUUUUCUUUCCUAUUUCCUUAUUCAGGUCCUGUCUAGUCUCGUCAUCUCCUUUUCCUUUGACCGGCAUUUCAAUUUUCUGUCUCGGCACGAAGUUACGAAAAACAAACAACAAUAACUCAAGAAAAUCAAAAGGACGUUGCAUCGACAGGACACCAAGGAAACCGAAAGUAGCUCAAAAACACAACAUAUUCCAAGAUGUACUCUUCGAUAAUACUCGCCACGGCGUUCAUCGCUUCCACCUUUGCGGCCCCAGCCAACCCCAACUUGAACCUCGCAUCAGCACAUCCGGGCUCGCACUCAGCCGUAUCUGACUACUUCAACAUGCUGGCAAAGAAGGUUCAGGAGGCUAAGCAGCUGCCGCAAGGUGGACCAGUAUGCGAUCUUUCCUCGGUGCAGCUGCCCACGGUUGCCGGAUCGAAAGAGCCACUGCCAGCUCCAGGCGCUGGCUACAAGCUUAAGCACGUUGCCCUGGGCCGUGGCACUCAGAACUACACCUGCUCGCCUAACAACGCUACCGCCAUCCCUGCCGCGGCUGGAGCUGUGGCCACCCUGUUCGACGCUUCUUGUAUCGCCUCGGCCUACCCGGCACUCCUGACGGAGCUGUCGCGCGUGACCGUCAACUUCAACCUGACUGACCUCAACACACUCGCGCCCUCGAACCUGCUCAUGUCUGGCCACCACUACUUUGCGCCCAACAUCACUGUGCCCUACUUCGACCUCGGGUCUCUGGGCAGCGCCAUGGCGGCCAAGAACGCGUCCGAGUCUGCCCCUGCCGAUGCCGGAAAGGGUCAGGGUGGCGAGCCUGCCGUGGCGUGGCUCAAACUUACCACGAGGGAGGGUGCCACCGGCGAUCUGCAAGAGGUCUACAGGGUUGGCACCGCUGGUGGUAGUCCUCCGGCCACGUGCAAGGACAUGCCUGCAACUUUUGAGGUGCAAUACACUGCGCAAUACUGGUUCUACGCCGGCAAGAAGCCGACACAAGAAUGAGAAAUUUUUGUUUGGUCUUGUUUGAACUGCUCUGAUACUGUCACCUGCACGAGAUACCUAGUUUGAUGUUCUGUUUUCGUUUCUUUAUUUCGCCUCCCUGUUGAUAAGGCGUUGAGGCGGCGCUGUUUUUCCUUGUCAUGUCUUCUCUGAUCAUGUCGGAGUAUUUCUUUUAUUAUCUCAUUCGAGAUUUAUUUUCUCGCUGGCUUAUAUCUGAAGGAUUCUCCACCGCUACCUUAGCCUAGCUGGCGGCUUAGCUUCAUGAGAAUAUUUAAUGCGUUAGUUUCUGAACCGUGGUUAUGACCUACUUGGCUUGAUUACCUUUUUGCGAGCUCUGAUGAGUUGAUCGUCACGCCAAGGUGAGUGAAUGCGUUACUCCAUAAAUUCUACUCCUGUCCAUUGAUAUGAUG